UUAGGUUUUCUUUUUUUAGCCUGCAAGACCUUUUGCUAAAUUAAUAAACGCCGAUUUAGUGUAUGUGUCAGAUAGAUACUAACUGGCUUUGCACAACAAAUAAACACUUAACGAACUUUAAAAGCUAUAGUUAAGUGAAUAGACACAUUUCGGGGAGGAGAACAGAAUAGAACAGAGUGAAGGCAUAACUCAGAAGAGCCAUAUGUGAACUCAGUAACUAAGAGUUUAAUAAACAGAUUUCUGAAUGGAAAAUCAGGAGAAAGUGGAUGUUCCUGUCUUCUCUGCUGUGGAUCAGGAGCUUUUCGAAAAGGACAUCUAUCCAUUGAGAAAGCCAGCAGUUCUUAAAGGAGUACCUUUAGGACCAUGCUUGGAGAAAUGGACCGUGGAUUACCUGGCAGUGAAAGGAGGUGAAAGGGAGGUCAAAAUCCAUGUGUCUUCUGUGCCCCAGAUGGACUUCUUGCAUAAGAAUUUUGUAUACAGGACUUUGCCCUUUGGAGAGUUUGUCCAUAGAGCUGCAGCUGCAGAGCACCAGGAGUUUUUCAUCAGCAAGGAUGAGAGUUACUACUUGCGAUCACUUGGAGAAGAUGCUCGUAAGGAGCCUGCUGACCUGAAGAAGCAGUUCCCUGAGCUGGCUAAUGAUUUCCACAUACCUCCGUUCUUUGAUCCUAAACAGUUUUUCUCCAGUGUGUUCCGCAUAAGCUCACCUGGGCUGCAGCUAUGGACGCAUUACGAUGUAAUGGACAACCUGCUGGCUCAGGUGACUGGGAGAAAACGUGUUGUUCUUUAUAGCCCCCAAGAUGCCCUUCACUUAUACCUGUCAGGUGAUAAGUCUGAGGUGUUGGAUAUCGACUCUCCAGAUUUGGAGCAGUACCCAGAUUUUGUAAAAGCACGUCGCUAUGAAUGUGUCCUACAACCGGGGGACCUUCUUUUCAUCCCAGCCCUGUGGUUCCACAACACUUUGGCUCUGCAGUUUGGCGUGGGCAUCAAUGUCUUCUGGCGCAACCUACCAGUGGAAAGCUAUGAUAAGAAGGAUCCGUACGGAAACAAGGACCCGCUGGCGGCUUUGCGGGCCCUGCAAGCUGUGGAUCGGGCGCUGGCAACGUUGGACGAGCUGCCAGACGACUUUCGGGACUUUUACGCCCGCCGCAUGGUGCUACGAAUCCAGAGCCGGGCAUAUGCUUCACAACUUGCAGAAACUGUACAAGGAAAAUGAUUGAUUUUGGCCUGAAGUAAUAAAAACAACCUAAUCUUUACCACA